GUUUUUCUUCUCAGCUGUUGCAGACUUGAUGAAGCUCAACACGGAUCUGAGUUUAAAUCAUGAGAAAUCAGCACUGAAGUCGACCUGCAAGCUUCAUCACCAUCAGAAGUCUUGUUCAGUGUAAGUCUGUUUUUCGUCUGUAUAAAACCCUACUGCUGAUUUGAUCAGACACUAUGAAGCUUUGAAGCUCCUGACAACAACAUUAUAUCAUCAUCAUCAUCAUGGCUUGCUCCUUUGCAGUUCUAGCUACUGCUGUAUCAACCCUUGGUGGUCUUGUAUUCGGCUAUGAACUGGGAAUCAUCUCUGGCGCUCUGCUGCAGCUUCAGGUCCAGUUCCAGCUGAGCUGUGUUCAGCAGGAGGCCGUGGUCAGCUCCCUCCUCAUUGGAGCCAUUUUUGCUUCUGUUAUCGGUGGCUGGCUGAUCGACCGUCACGGCAGGAGAGCAGCCAUCUUGCUCAGUAACCUUCUGAUAAUUGGCGGGAGCCUUAUCCUGAGUGUUAGCAUCUCAUUUCUGAUGCUAAUCUCUGGUCGUGUCAUGGUAGGCUUCGCCAUGUGCGUAUCGUCAAUGUCCUGCUGCAUCUUCGUUUCUGAGUUGGUUCUGCCCAAACGCAGAGGUCUGAUGGUCACUCUGUACGAGGUCGGGGUCACUAUUGGGAUUUUACUCGCAUAUGCAGUCAAUUACGUCUUAUCCGGUGUUCAGGAAGGAUGGAGGUACAUGUUUGGCUUGGCCAUCACACCAUCACUUGCACAGUUGGCUUCGAUUUUGAUUCUGCCUUCUCAGCACAUGCCCAUCAUUCAGCUCAGAAACGAAAGCGAUGACAACAGGAGUUUAAAUCAAACGCAAACACAAAAGAAGGUGUACACAAUCUUAAAUCUAUUUCAGCGCCAGGAUAACAUGCACACAAGGACUGCAAUCGGUCUUGGGCUGGUUGUGUUCCAGCAGUUUACGGGUCAGCCCAACGUGCUCUUCUAUGCCUCCACCGUCUUUCAGUCUGUAGGAUUCGAGAGUGACGCAUCUGCAGUGUUGGCGUCGCUCGGGCUCGGGAUCAUUAAAGUUAUCGCAACGUUAGCGGCGAUGUUCUGCGCGGAUAAAGUGGGACGGAGGCCGCUUCUAAUUGCCGGAUGCUCUGUCAUGGCUGUUGGUUUGUUGAUUAUUGGGUUCCUGAGCAGACAUUCAGAGUUUGACCUGGUGAGACAUUGCAGAUCUCGUUUCAAUAACAGCAUGUCACCUGACAUUGGAAAUAACACUACUAGAGCAGGGGGUCUGGAUGCAACUGCACUUCUUCAUGACAAGUUUAACUGGAUUAUUUUGUUCUGCAUGAUGGCUGUUGUCGCCGCCUUCUCCAUGAGCUUUGGGCCAAUGACAUGGGUGGUGUUAAGUGAAAUUUUCCCAGCAGAUGUGCGAGGACGAGCCUUUGCCUUCAGCAGCUGCUUUAACUGGGUGGCCAACCUGAUUGUCACCUUCUCCUUCCUCAAUGUCAUGGAUGUGAUGGGUCUUUCUGGAACAUUUUUGGCGUACGGUUUGAUUGCAGUCACAGCCGUGGUUUUUAUCUAUGUCCUUCUGCCAGAGACUAAAGGCAAAGCGCUGCAGGACAUUGACAAGGAGCUGUGCGAAAGACGGUUUCCUCCCAAAGAAGAAUUCUGCAGUGUUUUCCUGAGAAGACGCUUUUCACCUGGAUAUCAGCGAGUCUCAUGGACAAGUUCAUCAAUCUAAUGUUCAACGUCAGUCCAUUACAGUGUUAUUUACUGUAACUGUGUAAAAAACAAAGUUAAAUUAAAAGGUUUUGCUUUUAUUAUAACAGCUUUAAUAAU